CAUCGUUUCUUCUUCUUCUUCGAUUCUUCGUCUCUUCUUGCUUGCUAUUCACUUCAAGGCCUCGUCUUUCUCUUUGAUUUCUCUCUAUUGGAGCCAUUGUAGCUCGCCUAGCUGAGCUUUCGUAGAGGCGGUGUUUUCUUUGCUGUGGAUUCGACUAGUUGAAAUUAUUGGUUGUUAGUUGGAAUAAAUGGAGGUAGAAGGAGUAGCUGAAGGAUGCUUAAAUGAAAUCUCCGACAAGGCAUCUUCCAUUGAAGAGCCAAUGAACAAGUGUAUACCGGAUAGCCAACCACCGUCGGUGAAUGGUUGUUUCGACUGUAACAUCUGUUUGGACUUCGCAAUGGAUCCAGUUGUGACACUCUGUGGUCAUCUCUACUGCUGGCCCUGCAUCUACAAGUGGUUGGAGAUCCAUGGUGGUGAUUCUCACCAUUGCCCUGUCUGCAAAGCAUUCCUCUCGCGUGACGCAUUGGUUCCCCUCUAUGGCCGCGGCAAUUCCUCCCCUCAGAGUCCUGAAAUUCCUAAAAGACCUCCUUCAGUUUGCCGUCCUGACAACCAGUUUGAUAUCAAUCAUCAUCACUACGUUCACCAUAACGACUACCAGUACUUCUCCAGCAACAUUCCACCGUAUUGGCCUAUGGAAACAAGUGUGUUUCGUUCAACAGCCGGAGAAGUGAUCGAGGGAAUAGCAGUCUCUAUACUCCCCUGGAUGUUCCGGGACCGAAAGCAGCAUAUACUACUCUAGACCACAACUCAUGAAUGCAAGUGCAAACAAUCCAAGGCUAAGGAGGCAAGAGAUGCAAGCAGAGAUAUCACUUCACCAGUUAUGGUCUUUUCUUUGUUGCUUAGCCAUAUUGUGCUUACUCUUGUUCUAACCAGUGACAUGAUUCACACAUAAUACUUGAUGCAAUAAUGCAUCUCUGAUAUACCUGUAAAAAUAUAAUGUUUACAACUUUAAUCUGUUGUUUCUUGCAAUGGUUAAUGGCAAGAGUUGAAAGUUGUAUUUUCUUU